AUGACCUCACAGGAAGGACACAGGCAGGUUACAUACCCCCUACCCCCAGCCUCACUCCAGACCAACUUAUACCCCCAGCCUCACUCCAGCCCAACUUAUACCCCCCUACCCCCGGCCUCACUCCAGGCCAACUUAUACCCCCAGCCUCACUCCAGCCCAACUUAUACCCCCAGACUCACUCCAGCCCAACUUAUACCCCCUACCCCGGCCUCACUCCAGGCCAACUUAUACCCCCAGCCUCACUCCAGCCCAACUUAUACCCCCAGCUUCACUCCAGCCCAACUUAUACCCCCAGACUCACUCCAGCCCAACUUAUACCCCCUACCCCUGGCCUCACUCCAGCCCAACUUAUACCCCCAGCCUCACUCCAGCCCAACUUAUACCCCCAGCUUCACUCCAGCCCAACUUAUACGCCCAGCCUCACUCCAGCCCAACUUAUACCCCCUACCCCCAGCCUCACUCCAGCCCAACUUAUACCCCCAGCCUCACUCCAGCCCAACUUAUACCCCCAGCUUCACUCCAGCCCAACUUAUACCCCCAGCCUCACUCCAGCCCAACUUAUACCCCCCUACACCCGGCCUCACUCCAGCCCAACUUAUACCCCCAGCCUCACUCCAGCCCAACUUAUACCCCCACACCCGGCCUCACUCCAGCCCAACUUAUACCCCCAGCCUCACUCCAGCCCAACUUAUACCCCCCUACCCCGGCCUCACUCCAGCCCAACUUAUAACCCCAGCCUCACUCCAGCCCAACUUAUACCCCCUACACCCGGCCUCACUCCAGCCCAACUUAUACCCCCAGCCUCACUCCAGCCCAACUUAUACCCCCCUACCCCCGGCCUCACUCCAGCCCAACUUAUACCCCCAGCCUCACUCCAGCCCAACUUAUACCCCCAGCCUCACUCCAGCCCAACUUAUACCCCCUACCCCCACGUCACUCCAGCCCAACUUAUACCCCCAGCCUCACUCCAGCCCAACUUAUACCCCCAGCCUCACUCCAGCCCAACUUAUACCCCCUACCCCCGGCCUCACUCCAGCCCAACUUAUACCCCCAGCCUCACUCCAGCCCAACUUAUACCCCCAGCCUCACUCCAGCCCAACUUAUACCCCCUACCCCCACGUCACUCCAGCCCAACUUAUACCCCCAGCCUCACUCCAGCCCAACUUAUACCCCCAGCCUCACUCCAGCCCAACUUAUACCCCCAACCCCCGGCCUCACUCCAGCCCAAUUUAUACCCCCAGCCUCACUCCAGCCCAACUUAUACCCUCAGCCUCACUCCAGCCCAACUUAUACCCCCUACCCCCGGCCUCACUCCAGCCCAACUUAUACCCCAGGCCUCACUCCAGCCCAACUUAUACCCCCAGCCUCACUCCAGCCCCAUUCCAUAUGCCCCUACCUCCUACCUCCAGCCCCACUCCUCCCAAACGCAUAGCCACAGUCUCAGGAUGA